CACAAAAAAGUGACUUUCAAUUCCUAUAAAACACUCUUCUUCACAAAGCCUCUUAUCUCAUCAAGUCUAUCUCUCUCUAGACAACCACACGAACACAAAAACAAAGUUUCUUUCUUUGAAGAUUGAAUCUAAGAAAUGGAGAAAGUUGGUGAUUAUGAUGAGCUUGUUAACCUAAAGGCAACAGAGCUGAGAUUGGGAUUACCAGGAACAGAAGAAACUGUUUCUUGCGGAAAAAGCAACAAAAGAGCAUUACCUGAUGAUGAUACUGAGAAAGAGAUUGAAUCCACUGGAAAAACUGAAACAGCUUCUCCACCAAAGGCUCAGAUUGUUGGAUGGCCACCAGUUAGAUCUUACAGAAGGAACAGUAUUCAGACAAAGAAGAAUGAAUCUGAAGGUCAAGGAAACUAUGUGAAAGUAAGUAUGGAUGGUGCUCCUUAUCUGAGGAAGAUAGAUCUAACGGUGUAUAAGAAGUAUCCAGAGUUGAUGAAAUCACUUGAAAACAUGUUCAAAUUCUCUGUGGGAGAAUAUUUCGAGAGAGAAGGAUACAAAGGCUCAGACUUUGUGCCUACUUAUGAAGACAAAGAUGGUGAUUGGAUGCUUGUUGGUGAUGUUCCUUGGGAGAUGUUUGUCUCGUCUUGUAAGAGGCUAAGGAUCAUGAAAGGAUCAGAAGUUAAAGGUUUAGGUUGUGGUGUUUAACAAAACCUAACUGAGAGACAAAGAUCAAACAGAAAGAUUCAAAAACAGAGUUUUUUUUUUUGGUUCUGUUUCUUGAAACAGAGGAAAAAAAAGUCUGAAACUGCUUGGGUUUUCGACAAACAUACUUGUGAAUUUUUACCUUAUCGGUAAAACAAACUACUCUUUUCUUGUGGUGUUGUUGAUUCUGUAACAGAGAGAUGCUUAAAAUGGUCUUAAGCAUAAGUGUGAGAAAGAUCUAAAUCUAAACCACUAAAGGGAAAGGUUUUGUGGUGUUAGAAAGAUCUAAUCUGAAACAUUAUGUUUGUGCUUUCUGUAAUGUUCUUAUCGAACAAAUUUGAUGUUUUGAUGUAAGCACCCAUUUUUCUGUUCUGUUUCUCUUCAAAUUAA